AUGAAGUGGUUUGAUAAGGAAUAUUUAGAGACAAUAUUUAUAAGGAAUAUUCAAAUAUUUAAACUACUUGAGAGACAGUUAAGCGAUGCUUUUAUCGAUAAUCUGCCACCAACACCGAUGGAAAAAACUGGGUAUGCAGGAAUUGCGAAAGUUUGUCUCGGGGAAUUCUGGGCCGGUAAUCAUACUGAGUUUCCGGAUGCAAGCAAAUGCUUCCAAAACUCCGUUUUAUCUCUCGUGCCAUGUGCAGUGUUGAUAGGUUUAAUAGCAACGACAUUAACAAUGCUUAUUAAAAGCAUUAAAGAUUCACAUUCUGAAGAAAAUGAUAUUUCACCAAUGAGUUUCAUCCAUCUUCCAGUUCAACUGAUUACCAUGUUAUGCAUUGGUUUUUGUAUGUUGCGAGCGAAAUCAUGCGGCAUGAUUAAACCAAAAUUUUAUAUGAUUGUGAAGAAAAGUCCUGAGUUAGAUAGCUCUUUCCUGAAUCGCAUCGUAUUGUGGUGGUUCAAUCCAUUACUUUUAUUAGGUUAUCGAAAAGAUCUCGAGAUCAAUGAUUUAUUUGAAUUGAACGAAGGGAGCACAUCGUCUCAUUUGGCUAGAAAGUGGCAACAACUUUGGCUACCUGUCUUCGAAAAUUAUUUGGCUAAAAAACAAUUGAUAGAAUCAUCAUUGAAUAAUCCAGUUGAUCCUCCAAAAUCCAAAUUCAGAAUUUCGAUUCAAAAUAAAUCUUUAUCAUCGAGAAUGAAAGAUAUUUUUCGGUCGCGUUCAGGUCAACAUAAUUUUGAAGAAGCAUCGAAAAAGCAUCGGUCCGAGCCACCGUCGAUAGUAUGGCUGCUAUUUGUAAUGUUCAAGUAUGAAUUCUUGACAGCAACUGGCGCAAAGGUAUUUUCAGACGUUCUACAGUUUACUGGUCCUUUCCUAUUGAGUGAAUUGCUCAGAUUUAUUUCCACCUCAAAUGUAACAAUUUGGAAAGGUGUGGGCUUAGCAGUGGCUUUGUUCGUUUGUUCACAGCUUCGAUCAUUAUUUUUAAAUCAUUAUUUUUAUUUAAUGUUCCGUACCAGUCUCAAAGUUCAGAGUACGCUUACUGCUGCCAUCUAUAGAAAAGUACAUACAUUAAAAUUAUCGAAUUCAGCAAGAAAGAACAAAACAGUCGGAGAAAUUAUUAAUUUAAUGGCUAUCGAUAUCGAACGUUUCCAAAUGAUAACUCCUCAGAUUCAGCAGUUGUGGUCGUGUCCAUUUCAGAUCGCACUGGCACUAUUUUAUUUAUUUUAUGUUCUCGGACCUUCGGCAAUUGGUGGAAUUGCAGUGAUGAUUUUGUUCGUUCCGCUCAAUAUUUACGGCUCAGUUAUCGUAAAACGGUGGCAAGUUAAACAAGUGGAAUUAAAAGAUGAAAGAGCAAAAAUGUGUAGCGAAGUGUUAAAUGGAAUCAAAAUUAUAAAACUGUAUGCAUGGGAACCACCGAUGGAAAGAACAAUUGAAAAUAUUCGGCAUAAUGAGCUGAAAUUUCUUCAGAAAUUUGGUUUUGCUAGAGCAGUUGUUGAUACUUUCAAUACAGCUUCACCUUUCCUGGUUGCAAUACUGACCUUUACUUUAUUCACUUUAUCAAGCGAAAAUAAUAUUUUAACACCUCAAGUUGCAUUUGUUUCGUUAACUCUCCUCAAUCAGUUACGUUCGCCGAUGACUAUGGUGGCCUUACUUAUACAACAAAUGGUUCAGGCAAUUGUUGCUAAUAAGCGCUUAAAAGAGUUUCUUAUAGCUGACGAAAUUGAUCCAAAAAGCGUCGAAAGGCUUCCUGCGGAAGAAAAAGGUAAUGCCAUCGAAAUUGAAAACUAUAUUUAUACAUGGGAUAAAAUGGACACCACUGCUACGAAAUCUGUCGAUAUCAAUUUGAUCGUCCCUGUGGGAGAAAUAAUUGCUAUUGUUGGUCGAGUUGGAUCAGGGAAAAGCAGUCUUCUGUAUUCCCUUCUUGGAGAAUUGGAUAAACUUAAUGGUCGUGUAACUUUAAAAGGUAAAAUUGCUUAUGUGAUUGAAGCAUGUGCUCUUACUGAAGACAUUACUAUGCUUCCAAAUGGUGAUUCCACCGAAAUUGGUGAAAAAGGUAUCAAUUUGUCAGGAGGACAGAAGGCUCGUGUGUCAUUAGCUCGAGCUGUUUAUCAAAAUUGUGAUAUAUAUCUAUUGGAUGACCCAUUAUCAGCUGUUGACAGUCAUGUUGGGAAACAUAUUUAUGACAAGGUUAUUGGUCCCAAUGGGUUAUUACGAAACAAGACUCGUAUUUUCGUGACACACAAUUUGACAUAUUUGAAGACAAUGAAUGUGAUUGCCGUUAUUAAGGGUCAGAUAUUAUGA